UGAAGCAAUGUAGCAUAGCCCUCUCUUUGUCUUCUCUUAAAAUGGUUUAAAGAUAAGUAAACAUGUUCCCGCUUGCUAUUUUGAUCCUUUCUGCUUGUGGAUUUACUGCGGCAGGGGAAAAACACCUGCUUUGCAGAUCAGAUGACCUAGACAUUUUAUUUUCCUCCUGCGGUCCUGGAGCUGCCAUGUUCUCUUUUACUCUCAAGCCGUGUUCGUUGAAGGUUUCUGUAUGGCAGGGCCAUAUAUUCUGGAUCCCAAAGGCUGAUAUAACCAUCUUGACAGCACGUAUACACAUAUGGCAUGAAACAUUGUAUGUCUUUAAAUGGGAAGCUACUCUUUGCCAUGGUGUAGAUGAUGAUUAUACAUUUUGUGGUGCUUUGAAGGGAGAGACAAUCAACACAACCGUGAGGAUCAGUGGUGCUCAACCGACAUAUCUACAGGGAGAAUAUACAAUUGUGUUUGAAGCAUUCUCUGGUCAUUUUGAAGAAUUGAUAGCCUGCAUGAAUUACACACUUAUAAUUAAACAGAAGCUUUAUUGAAUAGGAGGUUACUUUGUUCUAGUAAGAAGCAGUGGGAUAAUUCCACAGAAAUAAUCUUAGGUUUGUGUUUUCUGGGAACAAGAUCUUUAAAAAAUUUAAGAAUAGAGAAGUCAUUUUCAUCAUAUUUCCUCAUCAAUUUACACAUACUUUCAUAUCAAAUGGGAACUCAAAUCAUUGUUCAAAGUGCUAGCAACAAAUGAUUGCUUUCAUAGUUUAUUCAGCAUUGCCUCAGAAUAAUUGUUUUGGAUCACAUCAAAUGCCUUAGUAAUUAAACAUUCUGUUUAAUUUCAUUUUUAAAAUGUAUAUUGUACUUAUAUUUUAACUGUACUGUUUUAUUGUGUUUGUAUUUUAACGGUUUAUAUUGAUAUUGUUGUAUUUAUUGUUGUAUGUGUAAUGUGGCUUUGAAUUUGCCAUUCUUUGUAAGCCACCCUGAGUCCCCCUAGAGGUGAGUAGGGUGGGGUAUAAAUAUAGUAUAAUAAUAGUACUAGUAAUAAUAAUAAUAAUAAUAAUAAUAAUAAUAAUAAUAAUAAGCAGCCCUGAGACACAAAAAUACUUGCAUGGUCUACAAAUCAUAUAUAUAAAAUUAAGAGAGAGAGCAAUGCUUCAACAUUCAAGUUAAAAAUGGAUCUUGAAACUAAAAUGUAAAUAUAUUUAUUUAUUAAAAAUCAAUACAAGAUCUCCAAACCCUGCAGUUGCCAUCAGAUAUAAUUGAAAAGUGUAUCAGUCUAGAUAGCCUCUUUCCCUUUACAGCUUCCCUCUCCCUGCACCUUUAACAAUCUUCUCAAGGGUGGGGCCUCAGGCAAAACCUUUUGUGUCUUGAAGAAUCAGCCAUUUUAGAAUUGGAUGGUGAGGAGAC